UUUGGCUGAGAUUCUCUGGCUAUUCCUGGUGACUGGGAGUAAACAGCUGCUGGGUCAGGGGGCAGAAGCUGAGAGGACAGGCAGUCAGGAGCACCCUGAGCAGUCUCCCUGCCACCUCCGUACUGCCCCUGGCCUGCCUGGGCAGGAGGUCGGCUGGACACAGGUGUGACCCCACAUCUCUGCCCCCCGGGCCACCCGCAGGACGCUGGCCCCUACCCCUCAGCAGGCACCGGAGAGAGAUGAGUAGCAACAAAGAGCAGCGGUCAGCAGUGUUCGUGAUCCUCUUUGCCCUCAUCACCAUCCUCAUCCUCUACAGCUCCAACAGUGCCAACGAGGUCUUCCACUAUGGCUCCCUGCGGGGCCGCAGCCGCCGGCCCGUCAACCUCAAGAAGUGGAGCAUCACGGAUGGCUACAUCCCCAUUCUGGGCAACAAGACGCUGCCCUCCCGCUGCCACCAGUGUGUGAUUAUCUCCAGCUCCAGCCACCUCCUGGGCACCAAGCUGGGCCCUGAGAUCGAGCGGGCCGAGUGCACGAUCCGCAUGAAUGACGCGCCCACCACUGGCUACUCAGCCGACGUGGGCAACAAGACCACAUUCCGGGUGGUGGCCCAUUCCAGCGUAUUCCGUGUGCUGCGGAGGCCCCAGGAGUUCGUCAACCGGACCCCCGAAACUGUAUUCAUCUUCUGGGGCCCACCCAGCAAGAUGCAGAAGCCACAGGGCAGCCUGGUGCGUGUCAUCCAGCGGGCAGGCCUGGCGUUCCCCACCAUGGAGGCCUAUGCCAUCUCUCCUGCCCGCAUGCACCAGUUCGACGACCUCUUCCGGGGUGAGACGGGCAAGGACAGGGAAAAGUCCCACUCCUGGUUGAGCACGGGCUGGUUUACCAUGGUGAUUGCGGUGGAGCUGUGUGACCACGUGCACGUCUACGGCAUGGUUCCCCCCGACUACUGCAGCCAGCGGUCCCGCCCACAGCGCAUGCCCUACCACUACUACGAGCCCAAGGGGCCGGACGAGUGCGUCACCUACAUCCAGAACGAGCACAGCCGCAAGGGCAACCACCACCGCUUCAUCACCGAGAAGAGGGUCUUCUCGUCCUGGGCCCAGCUGUACGGCAUCACCUUCUCCCACCCCUCCUGGACCUAGGCCGCCCUGCUGUGGGACCUCGCGAGGAACACAGACGUGGCUCUCCGCCCAGCUCGACCACGGCCAUCUUCUGACCAGUCGUGGCUGGCUGGAGUGGCUCCUGGCCAAUCGGGUCCUUGACAAGGGUCAGUCAGGGUCCGAGGGCUCUCUCACCCAAUCAGGGAUUUGGGAAUCUGUGUGAUUAAUCAGGGCUGUCCGGGGCGUCUUUCUUGCCCAGUCAGGGUCUGAGCUAGCCGAUCAGGGUAUGGGCAUUUCUGAGUCAGUCUGAGGCCAAGGACGUGUCCUUUCCCAAGAAGCCUUGCUUCAGAGUCCCAGAAAUGGACCCCCAAAUCACUCGCUACUUAGCUGGGACAGUGGGGUCCUGUCCCAAGGAGCUGGGGACUUGGUGUUGCCCCCUCAAUACCUAGCAUCAGAAGAGAGAGAGUGUGUGUUGGGGAGGGGGAGCUGUCUGGAGGUGGGGCUUGAGGAUUUGCAGGCUGGGAGUUUUCCCGGAGGUGGGAAGUCUUGAUCCUCCCUGGAUGACCUUGGACAAGCCCCUCCUCCUCUCUGGUCCUCUCGUAGAGGCAGAGACAUUCCCCCGGCCUAAGCCUGUGCUCCCUGAGACGGCUCCCCCAGCCACUAUCCCCAGGAGGCUGUUACCUGGGGUCCUUCCCCACCUCCUUGGAAAACUUUAGGGUGUUUUUGCACAAACUCCCUCAGGGUUGGGGGAUUCUGACAGGAAAGCGACGGACCUUAAGCUGCUCCUGUGACCCCUCAGUCCAGCUGCCACUAGCUUGGCUCUUAGAGGGCCAGGCCUCUUCUGCCAUGCAGCUGUGAGGUCUGCCACCUUGUGCAGGAGCUUUGGGGCAGGGCAUGGCAACUACACUGUGUGGGCUUUCACGGAGCCUCUGGGGACUCCCCAGGGUCUCCCCAAGCAGGGUCUGGGAUGGCUGUAGGGAACCAGGAGCUGCCACCUGGCUCUGUCCCCUGGCUCUACAUAGGCACUUUAUUAAAGCUGGGCCUCUGGGGGGCAUGCUUGCCCCUGUGCUCCCAGAGCCUAGAAGGGAGGGCUUCCAGGAGGAGGCUGUGGAUGGGAGGGACCAGGAGACCAGCAGCAGUCAUUGCACACUGGGGUGACAGAGGCGGCGAGUGCCCCAGCCUUGGUUUCGUAACGAUUUGUACAGGAAUAAACACACCUA